UUCAGCUGAUAUUCGGCUUGUAGUGCUCAAGGCUCAACCGAACAAUCGCCUGAAGUUGUUCAAUAGAUUCCACAGAACAAUGGACUGAUAAUACCAGGAUAAUACUCCCCAACAAUAUAUUAGUGAUUUCCAACGGCUGUGGCUGCCACGAUGUUCAAGUUCCUGUCGAAAGUGGUCGGAAUAUGCGGCUAUGUUGUGCAGUACGGGUGCAUCACCCACUGUACGUUCGAGUACUUAGGAGACUUCGUUGUGUGUGUCGGUCCAUCGAUGGAACCGACGCUGUACACCAACAACAUUCUCGUCACAGAUCGAGUCAGCCCAAGGCUCAACCACCUGCAGAGGGGUGAUAUCAUAAUCACUAAAAGUCCCACCAAUCCGGUGCAGCACGUGUGCAAGCGGGUUGUGGGAAUGCCGGGCGAUCGGAUAAUGACAAAAGCGUCGUUCAACCUGAAUCCUCUGUCGAACACCUACACCAUUUAUACCUCAGUCGUUCCAGCUUCGCCGGAGAAACCAACCAACAGUGGUGGCAGCGACAGCAGGUCGAUGGGGGUUGAACAAAAAUUGCGCCCAAAAGCGGAUUUCGUUUCCGGCUCGGUUGGUGCCGGAGGUGUGCCUGGCGAUAGCCGAACUGUGGAUGUGGAACAGUCGGUUCCGCACCCGGAAUUAAAAACCAGUAUUGUGAUUGUUCCGAGGGGUCACCUAUGGAUUGAGGGCGACAAUGUGCAUAAUAGUUCUGAUUCCCGCAAUUACGGACCGGUUCCGAUAGGAUUAGUUAAGAGUAGAGCAAUUUGUAGAGUGUGGCCGUUAACUGAGUUCAAGGUAUUUUUGUAGGAUAUGUUAGGUAAUAUCGGUAAUAGAAAAAAAUCUGGAAUUGUAAAAAUUUCGGUGCUGAGUGUGGAUCAUUGCGUUUGAGGUGUUUAUGUAAAGGCUUAGAUUUUAGAGUUAUCUAUAUAUAUAAAAAUCAAUCUAUGUAUGUAUGUUCGCUAACUACUUCUGAACCACUUGGCCGAAUUCAACCAAAU